CAUGUACACUCUGAAGCUCGUGAUUGGCUGUGUAGCAGAAAAAGCGGCUGACUGGGCCGUGUGAUUCCGUCAACUUUAUUACGAGUUUGUAAGGGGGAAAUAAUAGAGAAAAUGGUUAAAUAAAGUUCAUUGAGUCGUUUAUUGUAACGGCUUGUUCAACAAAAACAUGUUGUCUCGAUUACUCCGACAGUUUCUGUUUACUCUCGUACAUUUGAUCGUGAAUGUAUUGGUUACGGUACAAAAUGUUUAUCUCAAAUAUUUUCACAAAAAGUUUAACAAUACGACAGUCGAGGUGACAAAAUGUGAUAUAAAAUUAAUAUUGGAGCAUGUGCCGCAAUUGACGAAAAGACCCAAACAUUUGUUGUUCCUGUCGGAUAACGAGCAUCACUCAUUGAAGGACUUGGCCAAAGUGGUUAUCUGGUGCCUUGUAGCCGGCGUUCCUUAUGUGAGCUUCCACGAUGUUACUGGGGAAUUGAAGAAAAAUGAAGAAAAGUUAUUCCAAGCUGUGGAGAGAAAUAAACGUGGCAUCCCCGGUUGUAUAAAAUGGGCCGACAAACCAGACUUGAAUGGCUACACCAAUGGCAUUCAAGCUCAUACAGUUAUAGUGAAUAUUUUCUCAAGCUACGACGGUCGGCCGACCAUAGCACAAUGCAUACGUCAGUUAGCUGAAGAAAAAAUUAAAUAUAGUAGAAAAUCUAAUGAAUUUACAGCACAAGAGUUUGAUGAAGUUCUUAAAUUUAUUUACCCUAGCAUUCCUGACCCUGAAGUUAUUUUAUAUACUGGUCCUCUAUGUACUACACGAGGUGCUUUGCCUUGGCAAAUAAGGCUCUCGGAGUUUAUACAGUUGUCAAAAGAUCAUAGUGUAAAUAUUGAUAGUUUUGUAGGUGCUAUGUAUAAAUAUAAUAAAUGUGAUCAAAGGUUUGGAAAAUGAACAAUACCGGCACUAGUAAAUUAUAUAUCCAAUUGUAAGCCUAAGUGUAGCAAUAACUACUUACUGAUAGAUGUUUAGCAUUUUCAAAUAAUGAAUGAACCUUUAAAAAACUCUAUAGGGUUUAUUGUUCGUAAAGGAGCAAUGUAACGAAAGUUUCUAUAUUUUAAAUUGGAGCUAUUUAUAUUGGUUGUAUGUGGAGUAAUUUAUCACAAGCAAUGUUUGCUAUUAGCGUAAGUUGAAUUUGCAUUGCAUUCAUAAAUAGAAUACUGAGUCAGUGAAUUUUUAACUUUAUCUACAAAAAUUGAUAAGUAUAUUUUUUGUAAACGGUCUGAAAUAACAUUUAAGCUAUAUGACGGUAAUUAACUGAUUCGAUUAUCCUCAGUUUUACACUAAAAGCUGUUGUUUCUAUCGAGAGUUUACGUCAGUGAAAGUUUUCAUUAAUAUUUUAAAAUGUAACAAAACCGAAAUUAAAUGCUUAAAUAUUU